GCGCUCUCAUCCUCUCGUCGACAUCCUUCAUCCCCAUCCUCUCAACCCCGUCCCCAUCCCGGUCCCGCCAUACGUCUGACCUCGGUAAACCGGAAAAUCAAGGCCUUAUUCAAUUACAGGCAGCAAAGUCAAUCAACCGUAAAUCAACAGUAAAGAACCCGUCACUAAUACACUGAACGUCUGACCACGAGUUUCCAAUAGAUCUGAAAACCCAUCACAAUCACAGCCUAACACAGUUUUGCAACGUCGACGAGGUGACGACGGCCGAAUGAUUGACGGCUUCCUUGACGGGCUCUCUUGCAGAAGAAGAUGACGAAUAACAUAAAUACUAGUGAUGACAAUACCAACGACAUGUCGCAGAUGUUGACGACAGCGGAGGUGGCACAUUCACAGCUACCAGGAAGACCAUAUACACCACAACCCAGGACAUCAAGACCGUCGCAGGCCUCGAGACCAACAAAGUAUCCGGCAGAGCUUAGUGCGCAACCUCAUCAUCCACAUCAACAUAGAUACGAGGGCUUUGAAGAGCUUCUGAGAGAAGCAGGAUAUAAGGAAACCCGCAUAUUUACGCCGGAGAGGGAGAGAGACAAAAGUAAGAACGAAGCCGUCAGGAGUGAUAAAAAUGACGCACAGAGGAUCGCUAGGGGUGGCGAGAGGGCGGAGACUACGAAGCUGAGGAGUAUGGUUGGAUUUUUGGCAGGUUUUCUGGUGUCUUCACACAACUCCGAACGCCCUGAGGAGCGCGCCGAGCACGGUCAGGACGCGGACUUUAACUUUACUCUCAGAGAAACCGCCGUGCUCUCUCCUUCUUCUCCACUUCUACCCUCACCUCCGUCAUUAACAGCGGGCUCAUCGUCACAGUCACUGACCGCCUCCUCGCCCAACGUCCUACCACCAGGCACACCCCAACAAGCUCAUGAUGACAUUCACAUGGACACGCCGACGCCAGUUCAUCAAAGUCGGACCAAUUUCACGUAUCUGCAGAGCAAUGCGUCUUACUCGUCCAUAGGCUCCACGUCGACGACAACUCAGUCGAAAUAUCUUCGUUCAGCCCACAUGCAGCACAAACGACGGCAAAGUGGAGGCACCCACCCCAUUUUGCCAGGUUCUCAUCUUGACAGGAAACGACCUGGUAAUUCCAGUGGAAGACAAUCUCAGUUUUCCGAGAUGUUACCCCCUGUGCCCCCUGUGCCACGACAAUAUCGAAACAUUGGUGACCAAACAUCGCCUUUGCAGCCGGAAACUACAUCUCAUCACCACUCCAAUCAGCCCUCUGCUGGUGUGCAGUCGAGACCCACUACACCUGCCCCCCACUUACCUCGAGCACCGCAAACCCAUUCCAGGCCCGUUUCCCGGAAUCAGGGCUAUCCUGAUCUAGUCAUCACGCAUUCACAUCUCCGCCCAAUCCAAACCGAGCCUCUUCCUGUUUUUCAGAGUACAGUGCAACAUCCGACUCCCUCCAGAGCACAUGCCUAUCUGCGGCACAUGGCAAGUGUUCAGAAGAUACUUGAGAACUCAGCCACUUCACAUGUUGACGACGCGGAGUCGUGGACAAGGGAAGGGAAUCGAGAAGGGGAAGAGGAUACACCUAGACCGAGAAUUACUCGACCAAGGUCGACUCCUGGAGCAACGCUCAAGGGAUUGAACCUUUGGUCAAGCUUCACAUCUUCCACGUCUUCGAACUCCCAGUUUUCAGGUUCAUCAAGCUCAGCUUCCCAAUCAACCUUCGAUACGUCUCCACAAACUUCCUCAGAUUUAUGCAACGGGAUAGUCAAUUCUCCUGAACUGCAUCAGGAAGAAGAUGGCUCCGAGCCCGAUGAAGAGAACGGGGGAUACUUCAAUCUCAUACGAUCCCGUUCGCAGUCCCGCACGCGCAGAGAAAUGGGUGGAAAUCUUCGCAUCCGAGUAGCAAGAAAGGCUGAAUAUGGGGAGGAAGAGAAUGCGGGUGCGAGAUGGUGGGGUCUUCGUCAAACAAGGAGUAUGGUACACGUCAAGGUUCAUGAGGAGGAUGAAGGCUCUUCGGGAGCUGAAGUCAAACGGAGGAAAAGUGCUAUCAGUGUCAGCGAUCUCGCACCUAAGCCUAUGAUGUCGACGAACCUAGUCACGUCCAUGCCAUCCAGAGCAGGGCUGUUGUGUCCGGCGUUGCCAUAUCUGGUUACUCGACUAUCGUCUCCUGCUCUUCCCGACACUGCAGAGUACGCGAGAGGUCGAGUUCAGGAGAAGAAAACUCGGGUUUAUUGUCGGAGUCAGAGUGUACCCCGACGAAGGAAAUCUGGACGAGGUCAAGAAUCAUGUGAUCAGGCGCCCGUACCAAUUCUUGUUGCUAACACCUCAGAUUCCGAAAGUGUGGACGAUCGCGAUUAUGACGGGACGUCGUCAGAUUCGAGAGAGCGUUAUUUAGCUGGAUGGGGCAUGAACUCUGAUUCCACUCUCCUCUCCACUCGUCUUCCCCCUGAGGAAUCCCCAACCUCCACAAUUACGAACACCCCUCGAUCCCCUCCACCACGACAGAACUCCAUACGAAGCUUGAAGCGACAUCUUAAGUUGGAUGUGGAUCAGAAUCGAAGGGGCGAAGAAGGGCCGCCUGUUCCCGUCUUGACUGCAGGGAGGGGACAGAAUAAAGAUCGCGGCGGUUUGCCAGGUGGUUGGCUCGUUGGAUGAAAUCGCAACCGAACGACCGAUUGUCCCUGACAAGCUCGCUCAAUUCAAACACUUCGCUCUACUGUAUCUUAUGGCCAUUGCUAUUCUACAGGAAAUUAUAUACAUAGGUACAUUACCUCGGAAAAUUUAAUCGACCGGUUUCUAUAUGUUCAUUAUUACUUCGACUCGUCUUCACGAUAGAAGCGCUCGUUUAUUUCUUGUAUAUGUACUCAAUCCGUAAGUUGGUUAGCAUAGAAUUAUUCACAUCACCAUCUUCCAAUGGUGCGUUUCGGACCAAG